AUUUGAUUAAUAUGCGCUGUCAUUAAAAAUUCAACAUAACCUCAUAUUUUAAAAUGUCUCAUCGCAACUUAUGCUUAUAACAAUCUAUUUUAGUGCAAAACGAUGAAUAUUUAUGCAUGUUUAGUUGCGCCUUUUACUUUUUGUUUCCUGUGAUAAAAACUACUCGAUAAUUUUAUCGAACUACUUCCUUCUAAUUUACGCAAGAAAACCACAUUCCUACUCAAGAUGUACUUAAUUCUUUUAUACUUAACUACUGUACUUAGUAUUUCUCUCAUUUACGCCUCCGAUUGUGGCUGUCACCUCAACAGAAACUCUCAGUGCUCAAACGAAGAACCUCACAACAAAUACUCAAAAACUUUCAAUGAAGGAGGCGACAGCGACACAAAAACAUGUACGAGUUUUGAUAAAAGUGACAUGGUUUUAAUCGAAGCUGCAACUUUCGAAAUGGGAACUGAUAAACCUGUCUUUGAGAGUGACCAUGAGGGGCCUGCCAGAAACGUCUCCGUUGAUUCCUUUUACUUGGACAAGUUUGAAGUUUCAAACGGAAAGUUCAGCGAGUUUGUGCUUAAAACAGGGUACAAAACGGAGGCCGAGGAGUUUGGCGAUAGCUUUAUAUUUGAAAUGUUAGUUCCUGAAAGUGAGAGGGAAAAAUACAAGGACUUUAGGGCUGUUCAAGCCCCAUGGUGGAUCAAAAUGAAAGGGGUUACCUGGAAACAUCCCGAGGGGGAAGGCUCCACAAUUAACGACCGACUUGACCACCCUGUAAUACACGUCUCAUGGACGGACGCAAAAAAAUAUUGCGAGUUUGUUGGUAAGCGCCUACCCACUGAAGCCGAAUGGGAGAUGGCGUGCAGGGCCGGCUUGAGACAAAAACUGUACCCCUGGGGCAACAAACUUACACCUAAAGGCGAACACUGGGCCAAUAUCUGGCAAGGAGACUUUCCCUUAACAAACACUGCAGAGGAUGGCUACUUAUCCACGGCCCCAGUUGAUAGUUUUCCCGCCAACAAAUUCGGACUUCACCAUAUGGCAGGGAACGUCUGGGAAUGGACUCAGGAUAAUUGGUUGAAUGACCCUGACGCCAAAGUGAAGAAAGGGGGCUCCUACCUCUGUCAUGAGUCUUACUGUUGGAGGUAUCGCUGCGCUGCAAGAUCUUUCAAUACCAAAGACAGUUCGGCCGGAAAUUUAGGCUUUCGAUGUGCCGGUGAUGUCAAAUAAUUUGGCAGUGAAUAACAAACAAACCCAAGUACUUAAAUCAUCCUGCCAUCAAGUCUUCCAAGUUAUAUGAUAUUUUAGAAAUAUAUUAUGAUUUAAAUAACAA